ACAGAGAUACCAAAAGUGAAAAGGUGGGGAAAGCGAAAGUGAAAAUUAAUAAUAGGUGAGGCAUGACAUGGAGAUAGAAACUGACGAGAGAGAGCUUAGCUCUUAGAAGGCAAAGCCCAAUUGCAAAACCUCCGGUUGUGAUUUGCUUUUCCCGGGAAUCCCGUUUAACGAAAACCCAUUUAGGCAAUUUGGGUCCUUUUCCCUUUCUUCCAAUUCAUGUAUUAAAACCCUAAUAAUCUCUGCUCUCGUUCGGCCUCGUGUUGGUUUUGUCAGCUCAGUCAGUCAUGGUGGCCGAUAGCAAGUCCAAAUCUGACAUUUCGUUCGCCGGAACUUUUGUCAGCAGCGCUUUCUCCGCUUGUUUUGCAGAGAUUUGUACUAUUCCAUUGGACACUGCUAAAGUUAGGCUUCAGCUCCAAAAGAAAGCUGUUGCAGGUGAUGUAGUGGCCUUACCUAAAUACAGGGGUAUGCUGGGUACAGUUGCUACCAUAGCCAGGGAAGAAGGUCUAUCGGCACUCUGGAAGGGAAUUGUACCUGGAUUACAUCGUCAAUGCCUAUAUGGAGGUUUGAGAAUUGGGUUGUAUGAUCCUAUUAAGACCUUAUAUUGUGGGGGCAGUGACUUCGUCGGAGAUGUUCCUUUGACAAAGAAGAUACUUGCUGCCUUAACUACUGGUGCUCUAGCAAUCACAGUGGCUAAUCCAACUGAUCUCGUGAAAGUUAGACUUCAAGCUGAAGGAAAACUACCCCCUGGUGCACCAAGGCGCUAUUCUGGAGCACUGAAUGCCUAUUCCACCAUUGUGAGACAGGAAGGAGUUGGGGCUCUCUGGACUGGGAUUGGACCCAACAUUGCACGUAAUUCCAUCAUUAAUGCUGCCGAACUAGCGAGUUAUGAUCAAGUGAAGGAGACACUUCUGAAACUUCCAGGGUUCUCCGAUAAUGUUGUCACUCAUCUUCUUUCUGGUCUAGGGGCAGGUUUCUUUGCUGUCUGUAUUGGCUCACCAGUUGAUGUGGUUAAGUCAAGAAUGAUGGGAGAUUCUGCUUACAAAAGCACAAUUGAUUGUUUCCUCAAAACUUUGAAGAAUGAUGGACCUUUGGCCUUUUACAAGGGCUUCAUCCCAAAUUUUGGACGGCUAGGAUCGUGGAAUGUCAUCAUGUUUCUAACCCUUGAGCAGGCUAAGAAGUUUGUGAAAAGUAUAGAGUCAUCAUAAGUUCAAGGUGAUGAAGUCAAGCCAACAAUGUGGAUUUUGCAGGGUAGUAGCAUCUACAGCAAAUGAUAAUUGUUUUAGAGAAUAAUAAGGCCCUAGACAAAACAUUUUAAUCGCAUUUUUUGCUAACUGAGGAGAAGAUUCCUCUCACGGAAAACUGUCAACUUGAAACUCGGAAGUUUUACAAAUAAUUAUCAUGGUUUUCCGGAUUACAUA